AUGCUGGUGAGGCGCAGAUUCACCUGCUCUGGCCUGGCUGUCCCCAUGGAUACGCGGCACGGUGUGGUGGCCAUAACCUUCCUGGCUUUCUUCAUGCAGGUGGUAGUGGAGGCCAGCUCAUGGUGGUCUUUGGCCAUGAACCCUCUCCUGAUCCCUGAGGCCUACAUCAUUGGUGCUCAGCCUCUGUGCAGUCAGCUGGCAGGGCUGUCCAAGGGCCAGAAGAAGCUGUGCCAACUUUACCAGGACCACAUGCAGUAUAUUGGGGAGGGCGCCAAGACAGGCAUCCGUGAGUGCCAGUACCAGUUUCGGCACAGGCGUUGGAACUGCAGCACAGUGGACAACUCGUCUGUUUUCGGACGGGUCACACACAUCGGUAGCCGAGAGACAGCAUUCACGUAUGCGAUUAGCGCUGCCGGCGUGGUUCACGCCGUAAGCCGCGCCUGCAGAGAGGGGGAGCUCUCAAGCUGUGGCUGUAGCAGGGCAGCACGUCCAAAAGACCUGCCACGUGAUUGGCUGUGGGGAGGCUGUGGAGACAACCUCAACUACGGCUAUCGCUUCUCCAAGGAGUUUGUGGAUGCGCGAGAGCGAGAAAAGGCCUUCACCAAAGGUUCCACAGAAAGCGCUCGGCUACUGAUGAACCUCCACAAUAACGAGGCUGGCAGAAGGACUGUGUCUGACCUGGCACACGUCUCUUGUAAGUGCCACGGGGUCUCAGGGUCCUGCAGUCUGAAAACCUGCUGGCUGCAGUUGGCAGACUUCCGUAAGGUGGGUGACGCGCUGAAGGAGAAGUACGACAGCGCGGCCGCCAUGAAACUCAACAGCCGAGGCAAACUGGUACAGGUCCACAGCAAGUUCAACCCGCCCACCAGCCACGACCUGGUCUACAUCGAUGCUAGCCCAGACUACUGCAUCUACAACAAAUCCACAGGAUCCCUCGGCACCUCCGGAAGGCUCUGCAACAAGACGUCAGAGGGCAUGGACGGCUGUGCGCUCAUGUGUUGUGGCCGAGGUUAUGACCAGUACAAAGCCCAGGUCGUCGAGCGAUGCCACUGCAAGUUCCACUGGUGCUGUUACGUCAAGUGUAAGCGGUGCACCAGAACCGUGGACCAAUUUGUGUGCAAGUAA